CGCGGAUUUACAAUCAACAAUUGACACAUAUUUCUGUCCAGGGGUACCUUUCUCUCCCAUCGCUAUAUUUCCUAAAUAUGAGGUGGUUUGUGUCUCCAAACAUGGUCUAGCUAAAAUCUCUGAUCCGUGAAGCCGCAGCAGCCCGGUAGCACUGAGCCAGGAUGUCCAGUAGCUCGGGCUACCCCCCCAGCCAGGGGAGCUUCAGCAGCGAGCAGAGCCGAUACCCACCACAUUCUGUCCAAUACACCUUCACCGGCACGCGCCACCAACAGGAUUUCACCGUCCCAGACUAUCGGGCUCACAUGCAGGAUCCGCAGGGUCGGAGAAGACCAUCUUUACUGUCUGAAUUCCACCCUGGAACUGAAAGGCCUCCGGAGAGACGCCAUGGCUAUGAACAGCAGUUUCACUCCGUCACAGGCCAGCCUGAUCAUGAGGCCUUGGAGGCUAAACGCCCUCGCAUGGAAACUGUUUCUGAGGCCCACAUCACUCGCACUCCCCCCUCUGCUGGGGGUAUUGUCCUGCCCAUGCCCCAUUCAGUACAGGACAGCUUAAGAGCCACUGUGGAGGUCAAAAAGGAGUCUCAGUUCACUGUCAAAGUGGAGUCCCCAUCCCAGGGAGGAGCGACACUACACAUGGUGGAAGAGCAGGACACUUCUCCCUCCAAACUGUCCAAAGAGGAGCUGAUCCAGAGUAUGGACCGCGUGGACAGAGAGAUUGCUAAAGUGGAGCAGCAGAUUUUCAAGCUGAAGAAAAAGCAGCAACAACUGGAGGAGGAAGCAGCAAAGCCAGUGGAGCCAGAAAAGCCAGUGACCCCUCCCCCAGUGGAGCACAAGCACCGCAGCAUAGUCCAGAUCAUCUACGACGAGAACAGGAAAAAAGCCGAAGAGGCCCAUAAAAUACUGGAGGGUCUUGGUCCCAAGGUUGAGCUGCCCCUGUAUAAUCAGCCGUCAGACACAAAGGUUUACCAUGACAACAUCAAGACCAACCAAGUCAUGAGGAAGAAGCUGAUUUUGUUCUUUAAGAGGAGGAAUCAUGCUCGCAAACAAAGGGAACAGAAGAUCUGCCAGCGCUAUGACCAGCUGAUGGAAGCGUGGGAGAAGAAGGUGGAGCGAAUGGAGAACAACCCCAGACGCAAAGCCAAGGAGAGCAGAACACGGGAGUACUAUGAGAGGCAAUUCCCUGAGAUCCGCAAGCAGAGAGAGCAGCAGGAGCGCUUCCAGAGAGUUGGACAAAGAGGAACAGGUCUUUCUGCAACAAUUGCCAGAAGCGAGCAUGAGAUUUCUGAAAUCAUAGAUGGCCUUUCUGAGCAGGAGAACAAUGAGAAACAGAUGAGACAGCUGUCCGUCAUCCCUCCCAUGAUGUACGACUCCGAGCAGAGGCGAGUGAAGUUCAUCAACAUGAACGGCCUGAUGGACGACCCGAUGAAGGUGUACAAAGCCCGGCAGUUCAUGAAUGUUUGGACCGAACAUGAGAAGGAGAUCUUUAAGGAGAAGUUUGUCCAACACCCCAAGAACUUUGGCCUGAUUGCCUCGUAUCUGGAGAGAAAGUGUGUUGCUGACUGUGUCCUGUAUUAUUACUUAACCAAGAAGAACCACAACUACAAGACGUUGGUGAGACGGAAUUAUGGACGCCGGAGAGGAAGGAACCAGCAAAUAACACGUCCCUCACAAGAAGACAAGUCAGACGAAAAAACCGAAGAGGACAAAUCUGAAAAAUCAGAGAAAAAAGAGGACGAGGAAAAGAAGGACGAGGAAGAGAAAGAUGAAAAGGAGGAUUCUAGGGACAUUGGCAAGGACAAAGACAAGUGUGACGGUGGGGAGGACGAGGACGGAAAGGAGCAAAACACGCCGCGUGGCAGGAAGACUGCCAACAGCCAGGGCCGCCGUAAGGGAAGGAUCACCACACGCUCCAUGGCCAAUGAGGCUGCAACUGUGGCGGCCGAGGAAGCACCUCCCCCUGCCCCUGAGCCGGUCUUGCCAGAUCCUCCGCAGCUCCCUAAAUCUGAUCCAGCACAGAAGUCCAUGAAGGAGCCAGCGAAAACUCCAGUGGCUUCCAUGGAUGCUAAUAAAGCUGGUGCUGGUGAAACCGGAGAAACUUCUCGCUGGACCGAGGAGGAGAUGGAGGUCGCCAAAAAAGGGCUUGUUGAGCACGGGCGUAACUGGACAGCCAUUGCCAAAAUGGUGGGCACCAAAAGCGAGGCGCAGUGCAAGAACUUCUAUUUCAAUUACAAGAGACGUCACAACCUGGACAACCUGCUCCAGCAGCAUAAGCAGGAUACGCGUCGGGCUCGUGCUGAUAGGUCUCAAGGCGAAGGUCUAGCCACAGCAUCACCUGAUGAUGAUGAGGACAACGCAGAUGACAGUGAAGGUGGCGACAACAGCUCUGAUACAGAGAGUGCCCCCUCCCCCUCUCAGGCUGACUCCUCAAAGUCAGGUGACUCCAAGAGGGCGGACAGCGCUGCAGGGGAUGCUCAGUGCUCUGACCAGGACAAAGGUCAAGCCAGCAAUGGCAAGACCCCAGAGCCCGCAUACGGGGAACUCUGUGUCAAGGAGGAGAAGAGCCCAGAGAGCGAGACCGGAUCUCAGGAGGAAAAGGCCCGGGUGUCUGCCUAUACAGGCGCGGUACAUCCCAAAACUGAACCUCAGGAUGUGGACAUGAAGACCGGAGAGGUUCAGGUUAAGAUGGAGCCUGAGAUCAAGGAGAAAGGAGAGAAGGGAGAUCAUGGCGAAAUGCACAGGGAUCUCCAUUCUGAUAAUGACUCCAGCGCCACCUGCAGUGCUGACGAGGACGUGGAAGCGGAGCCUGAAAGACAGAGAAUAUUCUCCAUGGAAAAGCCUUCACUGCUCACCCCGCCAGGCACCGUGCUGGUGUCCUCACCCAAGCAAACCCAGCUCAACAUCCAGCAGCUCCAACAGAGGGCAGCUGCCAUCCCACCCAUGGUGCCUGGUCCCUUUGGCCCUGGUGGUGUGCCCAUCAGCGGUUUCGCCAUGUUGCAGCACCAGAUCAAAGCGGUGCAUGAGUCUGCACACCAAGAGGAGAAGCAGAGGCAGGAUCAGGGAGAUCUGGACCGCAGACCCCCUUUCAACACCCGCAGCCCCACCGUGCUGGACAGAGAUGUCCUCCACCCUGCCUCCAACCAGCUGGUCGGGAGUAUGCCAGAUGGAGUCCGGGUGACGUUCAGCAGACCCAGUCGACCUCCCAACAUUCCCUCUCCUCCUCCACUCAUUCCAACCACCAAGCCCACGGACAAGCCCUCCUUCAUCCAAGGAGGCUCCAUCUCCCAGGGAACUCCUGGCACAUACCUCCCGCCCCACGCUGUCUAUGGGCCAGAGGGGACUAAGAGCACCGUGGGCUCCAUCUCUCUGGGUCUGCCUCGGCAGCAGGAUCCCAGCAAACCUGGAGCUGCAGUUUCGUCGAUACAGGAUGGCAGAGGCAACCCGGCGAAGGUGGGCGAGGGUAUGGCUUUCAGAGGAUCAAUCACUCAGGGCACUCCAGCCCUGCCCCAGUCCAGCAUCGCUGCUGACCUCCUGAAGGGCACAAUCACAAAGCUGGCCACAGAGGACCUGAGCAUCCCAGACAAGGCUAGAGGAGAUCAGCUGACUAAAGGUCAUGUCAUCUAUGAAGGCAAGAGUGGUCACAUCCUCUCCUUUGAUGCUAUCAAGAACCCGAGGGAAAACACCCGCAGCCCCAGAACAGGCCAUGACAUGAAACGCACUUACGACAUGAUGGAGGGGUCCAUGGGCAGGGGACACCCCGGCCGGGAGGGAGCUCCCUUCGAAGGGUUAAUUAGCAGAGCCUUGCCUAGAGAGGGUAUCCAUGGAGAUUCUAAGGAAAGGCCAUUGAUGACCGGAUCCAUCAUGCAAGGAACACCGAGAACCGCUGCAGAGACUUACGAAGACGCCAUGAAAUAUGGGAAACAGAUAAAGCGAGAGAGUCCACCGAUCCGGUCCUUCGAAGGUGGUAUUGGCAAAGGAAAGCCCUAUGAGGGAGUGAAUACCAUCAAAGAGAUGGGACGCUCCAUUCACGAAAUCCCCCGGCAGGAUCAGUCCGGCCAGGACAUCUGCAAGACCCCCGACAUGUCAGACCGGAGGGUUAUGGAGGGCGCCAUAUCUCAGAUUCACCCUCUCAACCAGCCGACUAUCAAGCACAAUGUCAAGUCCCUGAUCACCAGUCCCUCUAAGCUUCCUCACAGCAUGCCGCAGCUGGAGGCCAUGGAACGAGCCAAAUACGAGGAGAGCAAGGCAGUGCGCCACACGUCCGUGGUCAACUCCACCACCUCUGUCCUGCGCUCCACACACCAGGAGGCCAGCAAAUCCCAGCUUAGCCCGGGCAUGUAUGAGGACGCCAAUGCUCGCAGGACCCCUGUCAACUACAGCACCAAUCCCGUAUCCAGAGGAUCACCUAUGCUGGGACGUGCUCCAGAGGGUGGUAUGAGCUCUGCGAAAUCUGCUGCACAUGAAAGAAAGAGUGCCAUGACCCCGACACAGAGGGACAGUGUCCCAGCCAAGUCCCCAGUGUCAGGUGGUGACCCUGUAGCCUCUCACAGCCCCUUCGACCCCCACCACAGGCCCGUUGUUCCCGGGGAAGUGUACCGACCCCACCUGCCUCCACAUCUCGACCCCACCCUGGCCUUCCACAGAGUGCUGGAUCCUGCGUUCAUGUUCUCCAGGCAGCCGUCCCCCACAAACUACCACAACACCUACCAGCUGUACACCAUGGAGAACACGCGGCAGACCAUCCUCAACGAUUAUAUCACUUCCCAGCAGAUGCAAGUCAUUCCUCGGCCCGACAUGGCCCGGGGAUUGUCACCACGGGAACAGCCCGUCGCUAUCCCUUACGCAGCUGGAACACGAGGGAUUAUUGAUCUAGCCCAGAUGCCUCCAACUAUCCUGUUGCCUCACCCUGGGGGAACAGGUACUCCCACUUUGGAACGCAUCGCCUACCUCCCUGGAGCUCAGCCCCCUUUCCCUCCUAGGGCUUUCAACCCAACCUCCAUAUCGCCAGGUCACCCUGCCCAUCUUGCUGCUGCCGCUGCCGCCAGUGCAGAGAGGGAACGGGAGAGGGAGCGUGACCGCGAGCACCAGGAGAAAGAGAGGGAGAAGGAGAGGGAGAGGGAGCAGCGGGAGAGGGAACGGGAACGAGAGAGGGAGCGGGAGCGGGAAAUGCGAGAACGAGAACGAGAGCGGGACCGGGAGCGAGCCAAUGAAUACAUCCGCGGAGGUGGACCAGAGCAGCCAGGCCGGCCAGGGAGUCGAGGUUAUCUGCACUCACCUUCUCCUUCGCUCAGGACGCAGGAAGUAGUGGUUCAGCAGCGGCCGAGUAUUUUCCAGGGAAAGAGUGUCAUCACCUCUCUAAUGCCCCAUUCAGCGGCAGCGACACCAGCGGUACAAAGUAGCUCUCGCUACGGUACUGCCGCUGAUGCUCUGGCUGCGCUGGUGGACGCUGCAGCCUCAGCCCCACAGAUGGAUGUGGCCAAGGUGAAGGAGAGCAAACAUGAACGGGAUGAUGACAUGUCUUCAUCAGCUGCAGCUCGGCGAGCAGCCAGCCUCUCCGAACAGCAGCAACAGGAGGCAGAAAGACGAUCCAUGCAGUCACCAUAUGGUGCUAUGUCUCUGCCAGGAGGUAAGCCCCAUCCAGCUUACUCUGAGGGCCCUGGCGUCGGGGUUAAGGAUAAGGGACCUCAAACCUCAAAGUCCCGCAUCGAAGAGGAGCUUCGGACUCGUGGAAAGACGACUAUCACAGCCGCUAGCUUCAUUGAUGUCAUCAUCACACGGCAGAUAGCCUCUGACAAAGACUCACGAGAGCGAGGCUCUCAGAGCUCUGACUCCUCUAGCAGCUUGUCAUCUAGUCGAUAUGACAAUACCGGCGGAGGAGCCAUUGAGGUGAUCAGUCCUGCUAGUUCCCCGGUCCAACUGCAACAGGACAAACCAGAAGACGGACAGCAACAGGCAGCAGCUGGCAUGCGGGCGUACGACAUGAGUCGUUACCGACCAUCGGGGGAGCCAUCCCAGCCCAGUUCCCAGCAGCCCCCGUCCUCCCAGGCAGACAGCUACUCUCAGGUCCCCAAGACUCACCGGGUCAUGACCUUGGCAGACCACAUUUCGCAUAUCAUAACCCAGGACUUUGCCCGGAAUCAGGACCCUCCACCCGUCUCCUCCUCAGCUUCUGCCACAUUCCAGAGCGUGGUGCCCUCCGUGUCCUCGUCAGGUCGAGCCAAGGUGCCCAGCCGCUACAGUCCUGAGAACCAGGUCCAGGCUCUACACCACCAGAGACCCUCCAGUAGAGUUUCACCAGAGAACGCCCCUGACAAGCCCAGAGCCAGGCCUGGUAAGUCUCCAGAGCGAGGAGGCAGGCCGAUGGAGAACUAUGAACCCAUCUCUCCACCGCAGAGCUAUCAAGGCAUGGACAAACAGGAGGCUGCCGGGCCUCCACCCCAGAGGCGAGAGGCGGAAAACUCUGAGAUCAGGAAUGACUCAAGGUCUCCAGGGAGUGUCAGCUACCUGCCUUCCUUCUUCACCAAGCUUGAGAACACCUCGCCAAUGGUGAAAUCCAAGAAGCAGGAGAUCUUUCGUAAGUUGAACUCCAACUCUGGUGUCGGUGAUUCUGACGUUGGAAAUGCACAACCAGGCACGGAGAUCUUUAACUUGCCUGCUGUUACCAGCUCCAGCAGCAUCAACCCCAGGAAUCACUCCUUUAGUGAUCCAGCCAGUAACCUGGGCCUGGAGGACAUCAUCCGCAAGGCUCUGAUGGGCAACUUGGAGGAGAGACAGGAUGAGCACCAGGGAGGAAUAGGGGCUCAGUGUGCCAUCAACAACACACCUGGCGCAGGCGGUGAUGCCCGCCAGGAGGCCAACCCAUCACCCAGUAUGGGGAAGCAGAAGCAGAGCAAAGCCAACAGCCGGAAAUCCAAGUCACCUAACCUGGGUCAGGCCUACGCUGGUGGGGAACGUCCCUCUUCAGUGUCCUCCGUCCACUCUGAGGGAGAUUAUCACAGACAAGCCCAAGCCCAGCCACAGUGGAGUUGGGAUGACCGACCCUCAUCCACAGGAUCCAUGCAGUUCCCUUACAACCCGCUGACCAUGCGCAUACUAAGCAGCACGCCACCAACCUCCAUAGCCUCCCCCUCCAUACAGAGCCAGCAGCAGCAGCAACAGCAGCAGCAGCAGCCGCAACCGCCUCCGGCUGGAGCCCCGGUGGCCCAGCAGCGCGUGUGGCAGUCUCUGCUGUCAGAGCAAUAUGAGACCCUGUCUGACAGCGAUGACUGAGCCUUGCUUGCUACAGCUCCAAUAACCACAAGAGACGCCUGAACUGAGGCCUGUCUGUCCACCCCCCUCUCCCGGAACUAACCUUGCUCACUUGAGAGUGUGACAAGUAGGUGGGGUGGUGUCAUUUUUAAUUUUGGUGCUAUGGCGCCCCCUGGCUGUUGGCUAAGAGUACAAGCAGCAGCCUGUGACAGGCAGGGCUCUCCAGAACAAGACUUGCUUUUGGUCCGGAAGCACUCACCCGGCCUGUCGGGAUGAGGGGAUGACAUGAGCUAUAGUAAAGAUGAAGAACUGAAUAUGUAAAAAGAAACAACAUAAGAGAUUAUUUCUGAAUUUUGUUUGAUUUCUGUAAAGAUAUACUUUGUCUUUAAGAAAAUCAUUGUAUGUAAAUAGAGUAACUUUUUGCAGUGUUUUUCCUACCUUGAUUAUUUCUUAUUUUAAUGUCGCUUUUAAAUUGAUCCACUUUAAAUGGGAAGAGUAGGGGUUUAAUCUUUAAUAUCACAGUUGGUCUCUCCCAGUCCAUCUCCACCCCACGUCACCUGACCCCCAUUUUAAUAUUUUUACCAUAGCGACGCUAAGAGAGACCAGACCUGUGGUUUGUACUUGACCAUGAGUGGAGCACAGAGACUGUGCUUCCCUGCGCGCCAUCCAUCAAGCACCACCAGAGCCUGAACAUCGUGGACACUCGAGGACGAAACAAAACACAGACUAACAUUUCAAACAGCUUUGAUAUCUGAUGCCUGUCUUCGCCACACAGUGGGGAUGAUGUAUGGAUUGUAAUUAUCAGAUGGUAGAUGUAACUUCUCACCCGGUUCUAGACAGAGAAAUGUCUUCAAAAGUUGAGAACACUGGUGUCAUAGCAGAAAGGUGAAAAGUCUGAUAUAAGCUUAAUUUUGCCAGAAAAGAUGAUAUCCUUAUGACUACUCCUGGACCCAGUCUGAAUAAUGAAAGUGAGCCAAUGUGUUUUUUUUUUUUUGUUUUUUUUGUUUUGUUUUGUUUCGUUUUGUUUUUUUAAAUAGAGCUGACCAUGGUGUGGCACAUGUUGCUGUCUCUCUCUGCAGUUUCCAGCCUGUCCAGAAUGAUCUGCUCUGCAAUGUUGUCAUGGUUAAAAAAAAAAAAAAAAAAAAGUAUGUCAGGAACUUUUUUUUUUUUUUUGUUUGUUUUUUUGUUUUUUUCUUUGGACAGUUUUGCCAUGCCGCGUGACUUGAGAAAGAAGGCAGCUUUAAGUAAUUUUCUCAGAGAUAUACGUUGGUGUUUGAUGUUUGUAUUUGUUUCUGUAGUCCCUUUUUUUUUGAUACUGUCCUGACAAAAUCUGAACUCUGUAAAUUGUCUUUCCAUUACACAAAAAGACAAAACUAACCAAACAUAAAGAAUGGUCUGCA